GUAAUUCAUUACCCUAGUGAAGCAGCAGUUUGCGUUUUCCAUGUUUUAUGAGUUCCGUUCUGCGGCUGUAACGACGUUUAUAGUGUUAUUCUGAAGUUUAUAAGGACAGAGAAUACACAUUGCCACUAACAUUGGAGUACAGUAUAAACGCACAGCAACAUAGGUGAAGAUAUCGUUGGUAGAGAUAUCGGGCAGACGAAGGCCUACAGCAUGCUCUUCUCUCCUCUCCCUGGGAACGGUGACCAUUUCCACCAACUGCAGCCCGGCCCCGGCCCCGCCCCCGACUCCGCCCAGCUGGAUCCCCUGGACCUGUCCGUCAGCAAGCGAGGCUCGCCCCCUUACUCCUCCCACAGCCCCCGCCCGGGCUCGCCCUACGGCGCCCUCCACCGGCGGGACUCCAGGGCGCGCUGGCAGCACGGCGGUUCCCCCCACGGCCACGCCAACCCCGGCCUCGCCCUGCACUUCCUGGCGCCCCUCCUGCAGGGCUCCGCCCCCGGCAUGGUCCCCCUGCUCUCUGGCGUCAUGGUGCAGCCCCUGCCCUUCCUGAUGCCCCCGCACAUGCCCCUGCAGCCCGUCAUGCUCUCGCCUAUGUCCAGGGAUGACAUGCUGGACCCGCCUUCACACACACAAGUGUCAGAGAUGAAGUCGCCGGAGCUGUACGAGGCCUACGACAUGCAGACGCCCGUCAAGUCUGAGCCGUACUCCGAGCACGCCCAGGACCCCGGCUUCGACGAGGUGUCCUCCUCCGCCAUCGGCAGCCCCCUGCAGCCCUUCAUACGCAGCGAGAGCAGUAGCCCGUCUGUGAUCGUUACCCUCAGAAAGUCCUCGGUCAUCGUAGAAUCCGACCCGAAGAGGAAACGCAUACACCACUGCGACUUUGGUGGCUGCAACAAAGUGUACACCAAGAGCUCCCACCUCAAAGCCCACCGACGCACGCACACAGGCGAGAAGCCCUACCAGUGCACGUGGGAGGGCUGCACGUGGAAGUUCGCCCGCUCGGACGAACUGACCCGCCACUACCGCAAGCACACCGGAGUCAAGCCCUUCCAGUGCAGCGACUGCGACCGAAGCUUCUCCCGCUCCGACCACCUGGCCCUGCACAAGAAGCGCCACCUGCUGGUCUGAGUCGGAAACCGUGCGCCGCCCCCAGGAAAGACGGCGGGGUACGACAAUGACUAUCGAUGGCGGUAACGAGCUCGUCCGUCACCCCGAGAGCUCCCGCCUGACAUUCCCGGGUUCUUAUCAAGAAGCGCCCUGUACAGACAUCGAAUAUUGAUGAUCCUCUCCAGUCUCCUAUCUCUAACUCUCAUUUAAACCUUCCUAAAUCCCUACCUGCUCAGCUGGUCUGAGCCAAAUCACUCUCACCCGCUGUCCAAUGAGCAGUUUGUCCUCUGCUAUGUAUUUAUUUUUUUAAAGAAAAGAAGAAAAAAAAACUUGAGUGAGACUAAUUAAAUGUGAAUCUUUUUUUUCUAAAAAGAAUUGCAUAUUGUUGAUACACACAUAAUCUUGCCGUUUUGUUAGCAGAAUACUGUAGGGUUGCUCUGUGCUGCUACAAUAUGCGUAUUGCUAUAUGUUGUUUAUAUCAUAUUUCUUUUCAUAUAUCCGUGCUCCGUAUUGAUGGGUUAUUGUUUCCACGCAUUUUAUAACUAACAGGAAAUGGAUAGCAACAGGGAUAGCGUCAGGGAACUCACAAAAUGCAGUCUUGCCGCAGCGUGCUUAACUCUGGAGUUAUGCAUCUUAUGUCAUCAUUUAAAAGUUUUCUAGGACUGUUGGAGAAGUGGGGCUUCGUGAAUCCAGAAACUGUGGUUAAAUUGAAGAGGCCAUAGCCUUCAGAAUUUUACAAACCAGAAGAAGACAAAGAUAAAAAGAGAGAGAGAGAGAUGAGAGUUUGAGCCAAGCUGCACGGUAGCACAAAUGACAUCCGUUCAACCAGUCGUGUCUUUUCUUAAAAAAUAUUUUCUAGCAUAACCAUAGGUUUGUUUUUUAAAUGGGCCAAGUUAAUAUCACAACCCUAAGAAUUUUUUUACAGGGCAGUGGGGAUUACUAGCAAUUACUGAAAUGGUGCAUGUGUCUGGGAAUGGUCCUUUUUGUCUUUAUACAGUACGUGUAGUUCAAUGAUUUGGGAAAUAAGGGCACUUCAAAGACUUGUCACUGUCACUUUCCCCACAGAGUGCACUUCCUGUUUCAAACGGGCCUCCUCCUGCUUCUCUAUAAAUGCUUCAGUGUGUUGGGUGUGUCAGUGGGUGCUGGGGGGUAUUUUGCAAAAUUUUGGCACGUUGAAUUUGCCUGGGACGUACCGUAGCUGUCCAAGACUGCCCAUUUAAGAGUGCAGUAGAGGGCUGACAGCAUGUUUGUUUCAGUCAUUCCUCUUAAGAAAGCAGUACAGUUACAAAAGGCAAAAUUGCAUUGAUUAACCCUUUGAAGAUUAUAUAUUUUUUCAAAAUUCCAUUCUUGUGUUCUGGAACUCUGUUGCUUUCAUUUACCAGUAGUGAUUGUUACAUCAGCAUUAGAAUGUUCACUUAAGAACAUUCUAAUCACCUUAGAGGGCUAGGGGAUACAAUAUGGCCCUCUGCAUUGUUUAAAACUGAAAAUGAUUGGAAGACAGAAGAGACGCAUCUGAAAUUUGUGUUGUCUUCUUGUCUCGUAUUUACACAAUCAAAUAUGAAGUUUGAGUAUAUAACAGAGCGGCUGGUGUGAUGAUCAUUUAGUCAAGUUCUAAAGCUGUAAAUCGUAGUCUACUCUGAUCAUCUGAAAAUUUGCAGCAUUGUUUAUAUAUAUAUAUAUUUCCCAAUGUUUGGCUCACAGCUGCCUCCUUGUGGCGAAAACCAUUUAUAUAGUUUAUGAAAAUGCCAUCUGCGGUCUAUGUAUUGUCAUGAAGGCCAGGCUACUCCCACGCAGGCCUUUUCCCGAUGUCUGCGCUUGCCCAACCCACCCCCCCCCCCCACAUUACUGCUGUGCUUUCAGCUGUAGUUAUUAUAAUACUUACUGACAUUUCUUUAAACACGAGAACAUGGAGGAGACUCGGUAUAAUGUAAUUAACUUUUGUCUGUGAGAAUGCGAUCUGAUUGGUGUCCUGGGCAUUAUUAUUUUUAUAUAUUCAUAUUUGAUAAGGAACAGUUGUUCAUAUAUAUUAUUCAGACUGUACAUAUCAUAAUGAGGUGUAUAUAUUGCUCUUUAUUGGUGAAACCUCUCAGAGCAAAACAGGGGCAGAUGUUUUGUCAACAUGCUUACUUCACACUCAGUCUCAUAUUGUCAUGUUUUUCUGUGUACCAUGAUCAAAUGUUCACAAUUCAGGUUAUGCUACAUAUCUCUACAUCAGACAUGGGUCAAAUACGUAUUUGUUUUGGAUUCAAGUACUUUUCUGUGCACUGAUCUUGGUGUAAUUGAGCCUGUCAACAUGACCAGAAGGUGGGGUUUACACUUCUUGAGAGUAUUUCAUUGGUUCCAAUCCACCGGACAAGAUCAGUAAAGUAUUUGAAUCCAAAAACAUAUUUGAUGCUGGUCUGCUCUACAUACAUAGUCAGCUUCUUGAUCCUCAUGCUAAAUUGCUAUGGGGAGGUGAAGCGCUCCAUAGAUACAGUAUUGUAUGCCACAUGCAAUGGUCGAUAUAGGGCUGCUCAAGAUAAACACGAAACACUUCCGCGAUUACCCGGGUGCUAAGAAGUAUGCUCAGUGAAGUUUUGUACUGUGACCGAACAGGCAUAAACUGUGAAGUCCCUACGGUUUCACCAUUUUUUUUUUUUUUUUAAACUGAGCAAAUUUUAACACAAUGUAAUAUAUUUUUUAUCCAAUUCUUUGACUGAAUGGGUAAUUAAAGGUAUUUUAAAGCAUGAUUUUUGUUUCUGUGUUUAUCAACAUGAAUAUUACGCAGUUCGGUAAAGAUGCACAUUUUUAACUUAACUCUAUCUUGAGGCUGGGUAGAUUUGUAGUUCGAUGGGAACUUGUGUAAUGACGAGUAGUCGUCAAACUGUGAAGCCAGAUAUAUCAUGUACAGGUCUAUCAUUAUAUAUUCUUGAGCAUUGAGUUAUUAUAAAUAAAUUGUUUAAUAAACUCCGAGAUAAAUAUUA